CGGCUCCCCGCCAUGUUUACAAGGGUCCGCAAGCAUGUGCCCAUCGCCACCGUGUGUACCGUAGUGCUUGUGUGCUUGUUAGUGACUCUCGUAGUCGUUUUCCUGAUGAAGGACAAGCGGGUCGAGGUCCCGCUCAACGUCACUCUGACCUCCCAUGACCUUCAAGUCCCGAAACAACAACAGAAGGAAACGAGAGGAUUCGAAUUAGUUCAAAACGAAUAUGGAGGCUUCGAGUUGGUCUACAAAGAUCCUGGGGGUUCAAAGACGCUCUGGAACGGCGCCAGAGGACCGGAUCUGCUUCAGAGUGAUUUAAAACAGUUGACUCCGCUUCCAAAGGAAUCGGGAAUCUCCGAACUGCUCCAGAACGAUUCCCGAGUCACUGCACUGGUGGGGCAGACACCGUCAAGCCGUCGGAGACAGAUGGAGAAGACUGUGAGCGUGAGAGUAGUGAAGAGCGUGGUGAGGUGCAGACACAGGGAUGUGUGCGCCUCAGGCUACAGCAAGUUCCAGGACCAGUGCUACAAGGUCAUCAAGACGGACGCCCCCAUCGACUUCACAGCCGCCCAGAGAAAGUGUCAGACGGAGGGGGCGGCGCUGGCCACGGACAAGACGCUGCAGGUGCACAACUACCUCAAGGAGCUGCUCAGACCACACCUCUCAGAGACCAUCGACUCUCAGUACCGCCGGGCCUUCAUAGGCCUCAUGUGCCAGAACGGCUGCGACUCCCCAGGUAACUGGCUCUACGCUGACGGCACCAAGUGCGAGGCCAACAGCUUCUGUGAUUGGCUCUCGGUGGGGUCGACCAACGAGUGGAACGCCCUGCCCACCAGCCUCUACGGUGCCUCCAUCGCUGCCAUGCUGGACGACUUCCCGGACACUUCCUACCGCUACAAGCUCCAGCCCUACCCCGCCGACCACUCCCUCCAGUACAUGAUCUGUCAGAAGGACUCUGACAGCACCGAGCACCUCAAGCCCCGCAAGUUGUCUGUGAACGAGCGCCUCUCCAACGUGGUCCUCGAGUGGCAGCGACCUGCCUGCAGCGGCGACAUCACCUCCUAUAUCCUCGUCCUCCUUGGCGGAUCUGUCUCUUACGACACUGAGAUGAGGUGUACCGAGCAGCAGUGUAGCUUCACCCUCAACCCCGAGGACUGCAACUACUGCAUCCACCCCAACACCGACUACACCUUCAGCGUGGCGGCCGUCCUCUCUGACUCCCAGCUGGGACCCGCCAUCACCAUCAACAAGAAGAUCGAUGUGGAGACUUGCCCGAACUUCGAGACGCCGUUCCACACUAUCUCCACCUGCCGGGGCGUGUCUGAGGUAGUUCACGACGGCUCUUGUGAAAACAAGAUCACCUGGAGCAAGGGGUCUAUGUGCGACACCGUCUGUGAGACUGGCUUCGGCUUCUUCGAGCAGCCGGCCCCCAAGUACUCGUGCGACGCUGGCGGCGUGUGGGCUCCAUCUGGCAAGGCCCCAGAGUGUUACGAGAUCGUGCCGGUGUUCUCAGCCAACCUACAGUUCAAGAUCGUAUACAAGCGUGCCAGCAUCGAGACCCUGCAGCACCAGUUCGAUGGUCUGGUCUACAAGUACAACGAUAUCUUCUGUCCUUACCCGGAGGAGUGCGGCAUCGGCGACCUGCAGAUCAAGAGCGCUCUGGAUGAGGAGGGCAACAAGCUGAGUGAGGUGAUCAUCACCAUCGACACUCCGGUCUACAACAUCACGGACCAGGUUGGCUUCAUCGACCUGGUGCGCGAGGCUGUCCUUACCGUCACCGAGGACAACGCCUUCAUGACCCUCAUCGAUUACGACAACAUCGCCCUCGUCCUUCCCAUGGCUGCCGACAGCUCCUUCAAAGCCAAGCCCCAACUCUGCUGCCACACCUGUCCAGAAGGUCAUGGCUACAGGCUCGGCAACUGCGUGCGAUGCCCGAACCCUGAAUGUGCGUAAGGGAGCCACCAUCACUACUAGCUCCACCCUCUACAGUACCUCAACCAAUCGUGUGCUUCUCAGUGCCUUUGUGUAGCCAAUCAACGCGUGUCUUCCUGCACUCGAGCCUCACUGGUGCCUGUGUGUGCCUGGCACUGCAAGAAGUACUCACCAGUCAGCUGUGUGGCCUCUACGACAGUGAACAGUUGCUGGAGCCCGACACACCUGCUGGUCCGUCCGUCCCUCCUCCUCACCACACAUGAUCACCUGCCAGCUCAAACCUUCUCUGCAAUAAUUAAUAUAAGUAAACCAUGAAGCUAAUCCCGGUGAUAUUAGCCUUCGCUGCCGGUUAUUUCUAGCUCAAUUUUUGUCCUAAAUUUUUAUAGAAUUUUAGAUAUUUAUUUGACUUGUACUUAUUGGAGGACGAAUAAUUGGAGGUAAUUUUUUUAUAAUUAUAUACUGUAAUUAUAUAUAUAUAAUAUAUAUAUACAUACACAUAUAGGGUUUAAGUUGCAGAAUUCAGCCAAAAUAAAACCGUUCAUACUCUAGAAAAACUGUAAUAGUUGCUAUGUUAUUUAAUUAAAUCAAAGUUCAAUAUUCCCAUUCAUAAUUGUCUUAACGAAUUUUACCUUCUUGCCUUGCAGUCUAUUGUGUGUCCUAGGAAGCGUGUCGAUGAAUGUUAACCUCUGUCACAUUCCACAGCUCGCGCUCUCUCUCCUCCCCUCUCUCCCUCUCUCUCCACUGUACUGCUUCAAGUCUUCACUAAACGUUUCCAAUACAUGUUCCCUCGACUUUGGUCAUGAAUGGUCUGCUGUAUCUUAGUUCUGUCCGUCUCUCUUGUGUGCAAAUAUACUGUGUACUCGAGCGUACUGUGUAAUCACAGUGUGCUUAAAUUUAUCAAGUACUUAAGCAUACCAUGUACUCAAAAUGUAUAAAGUACUUGAGUGUACUGUACUCAGAUCUACUGAGUAUUCCGACACAACCCCGUCCCAGUGCCACUGAGUCAUGCAGAGGCGCUUCUGAGUAGUAUACAAAAUUUCAGAUUUAUUAGCGAUAAAAAAAUACGUGUAAACUUACAAUUUGUGAUUCUGUAGCAUUGCUAAAUAACCGUCCUCGAUGUAGAUGUUUCCGUAAUUCAUUAAGACUUGUCAGUUUUUUGUUUAUGGUCUACAACAGAGGCCCAUGUCUUAUGCCGCGCGCAUUGUGUCAAUAACUGUACUGAGUAUUCAUCUCUCAGUAUUCUAUUAGGAUAAGUUGUUAUUUAAAGAAAAAAAUAGAAUUAGAUUUAAAAUCGAGUAGCUGUCUAGAGCAUUCUAUUUUAAAAUGAAUACACAACUUCAGGAAUAUGAGAUUCAAUGCCUAUUUUUAAGCAUGAAAAUAGAUAUCGAAUCUCACCUACAAUAAGAAGGGGAUUGUAUAUUUUCUCUAAUCAAAUGAUAUUCUGUUUCCCUUGUUGAAACAAGUUGAGAGAUUGAAUACUUUCUCCGCCAAAGAUUAAAUAUCAGAUCCCCUUGUUACGAUACGAGGUUGUCAGUGACAUUUAUACUCGUGCAUUGCAAGGCAUUGUAAGGCUCAUUUUCGUGUAGUAAAAUGUAUUUUGUUUUUCUAAGAAUGUUGAGGUCACUGACUCCCAGUUGAUAUCUUUAUCCCUCUACAGACUGACAUGUUAAUUUAGUUGUUACGUGUGAAUGUUGACCCUUGUAUAUACAUUGUAUAUUUUACGUAAGAUACCAUUAAAUGUUUCUUUCUAUAUA